UGGGCUGUCAUAGAUGUACCUCUGUCCAGCUACUUUUUUUUAUAAACACUAUGCAAACACGCACGGCCAUAAUUCAUCCACACGUUCGUGACGUGGGCGUAGAUCUUCAAGUUAUGACAUGCAGAUCUUUACGCCGCACAGACUCGUCUGUUUUAUAGCUCAGUCGUGUUUAUUGGAGCGUAUCAACUAAGGAUGUAGUUACAAAACAAACUGGAGCGACAUGCAUGCGUUUAAAAGUGAAACAAAAAAAGAAAUGCGUUCAGACUGAACGAAUAUUUAGAUCUGACUGACAAGAGGAGUUUCGAUCGUCGCCGUCCGAAUUCAAGUUCAUCUCAAGUGCAUUAUGGAGACCUGCGUGAUAGCCGUCGAGGAAAAUCAAAACGAUAAUGUCAAGACCCAUUCGUGUUUCCAGAGGACGUUUUCAUCCAUGACAGUGGACGAUGUAUAUGAAGUCGCUAAAGUGGUGGGAGCAGAAGUGGAGAAGCUCAUCGACAACUAUGGGAAGUCGAGUGUGGAGGGUCUGGUGUCUCACAUAGUGAAAGUAUUGGAGCUCUUGGAGAGUUUUGCGGCGAGAAACCAAGCGCAUAAAUGUAAGGAAGAGGAACUACUGAAGGCAUUUGAGACGUUACAGGUACAGCAGCAAAAGAAACGACAUGUGAAAGAAUCUGAUGAGACCAGCAAGAGCACAGAGAACGGGGACUGGCAUCAGAAGGAGAAGAAACUGAAGGGAAAUGUAGAAGUGUUACAGUCCCAGGUGCAACAGCUCAAGGAAGAGAAUCAAGAGCUUCUGGCCCGCUUACAAUGCACACACUCCAAAGAAGACCGCACACAGCGUCAGGAACGAGAGGUGAUGCUCAAGCUGAAGGAAGUGGUAGAUAAGCAACGUGAUGAGCUAAGAGCAAAAGUCCAGGAGAUUUCCAGCAUGUCUAAGGAAGUGGAAGCGCUCCAGGAGCAGCAGGAGCGGCUAAUGAAGAUAAACGCAGAGCUCAGACACAAGCAGAACAUCAUACAGACGCAGCUGAAGAGCGCAGUGGAGAGGAAGGCCGACCUGGAGGCCGACCUGUGCGAAAAACAGAAAGAGAUAGAGCGCCUCAACUCACAACUAGAAAAAGCCAGCGUACAUACUACUGCUGAACAGAGCAGUUCAGCCAUCGACCUCACAGAUAAGAUGAUCAUUGACUUGAAGGAUCCAAAUCGGCCUUGUUUUACCAAGCAGGAAGUACGGGACAUGCUUUUCGAGAGGAACGAGUUGAAGGCCAAUCUCUUUCUAUUAAAAGAGGAGCUUGCAUAUUACCAAAGGGAAAUCCUAAAUGAUGAGAGAUGCCCAGGGUUCUUGCUCGAUGCCGUUCGCUCUGCCAUAAAGAAGCAGAGGACUGUCAUAAAGUCUAAAAUGCUUGGCAUACCAGUUAGCGAAUGUAGCACAGAUGAGACCGAUGGCCCUUUGUUUGAGAGGAGUGGAAAUGAAGACAAUGACACUGACAGCACUGACAACAGAUCCCAAGGCUCACGCAUCAGAAACCUAUUUGGUUUGCUGACGCCAUCCAGUAGGAGCUCUGGUUCCCAGCCCUCCGGCCUUUCAGCAUCCAGCUCUACGUGGGAAAUCAUUGAUCCAGACGAGCAGGGAGGCGAGGAGGAGACAUAGACGUUCUCCUCUCGAGAACCAGCACAACUGGGUUGGAAGAGAGAAGUUCAAAAUAUGAUCUUGAUCUCAUUUCGGUUUCAAACCAGAAAACGGACUACUAUUUGUAUUUGGUUAUACAAACAAAGUAUUUCAAUAGUUGUUGACCUUUUUUUCAGUAUGAAAUCAUUCAGCACUUGGCUUUUGUUUAUUUAGCCGAUAGCUAGAUUUGUGCCUGAUGGUCACUCAGUGUGACAGAUGACCUGAAGAUGAGGUCAGAUUGCGUCGGUUAUAUAGAUAUUGUUAUUUGUUGUUUACCAUUCAAAAAUUAGGGUCAGUAGGAGUUUUUAAUGUUUUUGAAAAAAAUCAGUUUUAAUCACCAAGGCUGCAUUCAUUUUGUUAAAAAAAACAGCUGUGAGUUUAAAAUAACUUUUUAUUUUAAUAUAAUUUAACAUGUAAUUAUUUCCACUGUAAAGUUGAAUUUUACUCUAGUCUUUAGUGUGACAUGGUCCUUCAGAAAUCAUUCUAACAUGCUAAAAUAGUGAUUAGGAAACAUUUCUUAUAAUUACCACAGUUGAAAAUGCUUGUGCUGCUUAAUUGUUUUUGUGAAAACACUUAUACAUUUAUUUCAGGAUUCUUUUAUUAAUAUAAAUUUCAAACGAUCAGCUUUUAUUUCUUUAGUGCAGCUUUUGAUUAAUUUAAUGCAUGCCUGCUAAAUAAAAGUAAUAAUUUCUAUGAAAAAAAAAAGAAAAAUCUUACUGACCCCAAACUUUUGAGCAGUAGCAUAUACACUACCAGUCAAAAAGUUUUUGAACAGUAAGAUUUUUAAUGUUUUUUAAAGAAGUCACUUUAGUUCACCAAGCCUGCAUUUAUUUGAUCCAAAAUACAGCAAAAGCAGUAAUAUUGUGAAAUAUUUUAUCUAUUUAUAAUAACUACUUUCUAUUUGAAUAUAUUUUAAAAUGUAAUUUAUUCCUGUGAUCAAAGAUACAUUUUUAGCAUCAUUACUCCAGUCUUCAGUGUCACAUGAUGCUUCAGAAAUCAUUCUAAUAUGCUUUAAAUUGAUCAAAAGUGAUGAUAAAGAAAUGUACAAUGUCUUUAUCAUAAAAAGAUUUCUAUUUCAGAUAAACGCUGUUAUUCUGAACUUUCUAUUUAUCAAAGAAACCUGAAAAAAUUCUACUUCUGUUGUCAACAUAAAAAUAAUAUAUGGUUUUUGAGCAGCAAAUCAGAAUAUUAGAAUGAUUUGUAAAGGAUCACGUGACUGGAGUAAUGAUGCUAAAAUUCAGCUUUAAAAUCACAGGAAUAAAUUACAUUUUAAAAUAUAUUAAAAUAGAAAACAGUUUUUUUAAAUAGUAAAAUUAUUUCAAAAUUUUACUGUUUUUGCUGCACUUUGAAUCAAAUAAAUGCAGGCUUGGUGAGCAAAAGAGACUUCUUUAAAAAACAUUAAAACUCUUACAAGUGGUAGUGUAAAUGGUUAAAGCUUAACUGUUUAAUUUUUUCACUUUCUCCUGAGUUUAAUAUGCAAAGACAAUUGAUAAGACAAUUGAUAGUAAUACAUUUUGUUGAUUUUCCAAAGAGUGUAAACAAUAGCUUUGUGGCACUUUCAAAACAUUGCUGUUUCAGGGCCCAACAUGUUUACUUAUGGCUUAACGAACAGCAUGCAUUUGGGAAAAUGUAACCUGUAAUAAGCUGUUUAUCUGGAAAAUGACUUGGAAGUGUUUUUAAACAAUCAUUUCUCUUGUCACUUAAAUGUUGGUGUAAAUGACAGCAGACUGGUGCACUUAAAAACAGGAGAGUAAUCUGCAGUGUUUUGAUACUCAUAAUACACCUGGCAUUAUAUUAUAGAUGUCUGGAUGGAAGCUACAGAGAAUUAUAGCAGCUAUUUUUUACAGAGAGUAUAUUUAAUAUGGAUUUUAACCAAAGAUACUCACAUUGUAUUGCCAUCACUAUCACACUGACCCUUUAUGUCACUAGGGGGCAUUAGAGUAUUUUAUAUUCAUGUUCUUCCAAUAUAUUUUCUUAUAAAACAUAAGCUGUCCCUAAAAGUAUCCAUUUUGUAUCUAUUUUAAAGAUAUUUAGCAUGUUUUUAAAUAGAAAUAUUUUAAUAUUGGCAACCAACAUAUGAUAUUAUUGUAGAGAUGUCUAUGAUUAUCUCAACCUGAUGUUAAAAUAGCAUAUAAACAUGUAAGAACAAAAGAUGCAUUGGUCAAAAGUUUUAUUGUUUUAACAUUUUGUCAUUAUUUAUUCAUCCAAACUUGUAUGACCUACUUUUGCAGAACACAAAAGAAUAUACGUGUUAAUAAAUUAUGUCAAAAUGUUUUUUCAUGUGAACUACCUAACAACUAAUGAGUUGACACUUUACCCUCUUUAGCCAUUCAUCUGUUCAGAAGUAUGUCACAUAGUUGUUUUGUUAAAAAAAAGAGGCAAAAAUGUAUGGACGUGAUUCAGAUCUGCUUGUAUGAGUCUUAAGGUGUUCCCUGAUUGAGAGGAAGUCUGUGUUUCCUCCCAAGGAAAUUGGAGAUAAUGGGUGCCAGCAUGUUUCAAAGGCCUUUAGCUGAAUACGAUAUUCCUCAGCUGUCUGUGACUCAUCCGUUUAUCUUUAGACAUUUGGAAAUAAAAGUUAAUGAGUCCCAUAUAGGACCUUUUCCUAGUGUAUUUUAUUUUUGCAAAAACGUUUGUUACUAGAAAGUGCUGUGAGGCUAAAUAAAAUCAAGAGAUGUUAUUGUGA